AUGGACUUCAGCGACAUCUUCCGCAUCGUGAACCUCGCGGUCGGUGUGUUUAUGGUCCUGGGAGGCAUUGGACAGUUCUUCCCGACCAUUGGAGUACAAAAUGUCAUCGUGGGAGUCUACGUGAUAAUAUUCGGUCUCGAAUUCCAGAUCCCCCCUCAAGUCGCCCGCUACGCCUCCUUCAUGUUCUCCUUCAUCGGCCGCGGCGUCUUCUACCUCUUCGUCGGCUGCAUCGUCAUGGGCGACCACUGGUGGAAGUACGCGUGCGGCUCGCUCAUCGGGCUCACGGGCGUCGCGUACGUGGCGCUGGAGUUUGUGCCGAGCAUUGAGCCGCCGGCGAAUAUGCGGGAUGCGGAUGCUGGGUGGGGGGCUGAGCAGGUGUAG